UUGUGUUUGGACUGAGUAGGAGAGAGGAGCAACGAGAAGACAUGGCUUUCCUACGAGGAGCGUUUCUGCCGCUGUUUCUUCAUAUCUUCCUGCUGAACCGGAGCGAGGGUUAAUUGGCGUGGUCAGCUGGGGACAGGAUCUAGGUUUGAUCCAGGACUCCCUGUCGGGAUUAUUUCUCCUAGCUGGCCAGGGAACGUCUGGGAAUGUCACAGAGGGAAGAACGUGGUAGUGGAAACAGGGAUUUUGUUUUAGGCAUAAUGUUUGUGGGGCAAAGUGGAGCUGACUAUGAAUGACAACCUGGAGGUGUACCUCGGUGACCCGGCCGAGAUCCCCUGCCAUUACAGCUUCACUGGUGUGAACGAAGAGCCCAGCUUCGUCAUAAUCCAGUGGUUUGUGAGGUCUGCAGGAAAUGGCUCACGGAUGCGGAUCUUCUACAGUGACGUCAACCAGCAGAUAGUCGACAACAACACAGACUACAGCGGCCGCAUCGAGGUGACCUCAGACCAGAGAGGAAACACACUCCUGAUCCAAAACGUCCAGCUCUCUGACGAGAAGGAGUUCUUCUGCCAGGUCAACGGGCAGGAGGCUGGCAAUGCCGAACGCAAGACUCACCUCAGGAUUUUUGCUCCUCCAGAGGCUCCAGAAAUUGAAGGCGUCCCUAAUGGGAUUUCUGUGACCAACACGAUGCCAUCUAAGGUGGCAUCAUGUGAGGUUCGAAAUGGAUUUCCUAAACCCAACAUCACUUGGUACAAGGAUAGCGAGCCACUGGUGCCUAAAGUAGGACAGGUAAACGUGAUCAUCCUGGUGACCCGGGAGUUCAGAGGCUUCUACUCUGUGCAGAGCACCCUGGAGUACAGGACACUGAAGGAGGACAAGGACUCCCAUUUCUCCUGUGAGGUCAGCUUCUCUGUCCCGGGAGCCAUCAGGACGAGGAUGUCCCAAAGCAUCAACGUCACCGUUCACUACCCCACCACCAUGAUGGAGCUGUGGAAGGAUUCGCCGCAGGGCUUGGUCAAAGAGGGGGAUACCGUAGAGCUGCGUUGCCAGGGUGAUGGCAACCCCCCGCCGAUCUACAUUUUCAGCAAGGAACAAGAGCCGGAUGCGCCGUUGGAGAGCAGAGGUGAUGUCCUGAUCCUGCCGUCCGUGACCCGGAAAGACAGCGGCAUCUACCAGUGCCGGGUGCUGGACACUGCUGGACAAACAGAGGUCAAAGAAGAGGUCACGCUCACGGUGCAUUAUUUGGACCCGGCUGUUGUGGUUCCAAAAGAUUUGGAGUAUAUGGAUAAAGGUGAAAAUCUGGUGGCAUCGUGCAACGCCCUGUCCUCUCUGAAAACCGUAACCAUCUGGUACAAGGAAGGGAAGCAGGUGGGUUACGGCAACACGCUGCACCUGAACGACGCCACCUACGAGAUGAGCGGACAGUACGUUUGCGAGGUGACCGUUCCCUCCUUGCCCUCCCUGCACACCAACGGCUCUGUUCACAUCAUCGUUCAAGGCGGGCCUCAGCUGGCCGGCGUGGAGGACGAGAUCCAGCUGGAGGAAGUGGCCGGCCGCACACUGAACCUGAGCUGUGAGGCCCGCGGUCAUCCACUGCCCAGCAUCACCUGGAGCAUUACAGGCAGCCAGAACUGGCAAGAAGUGAUGAGCAAAGCAAACGACCACAUGACUCACAGCAUGGUGUCGGUCAAGAUCAACUCGGACGUUAGCGCCGUUUGUAACGCGUCCAACAACCAGGGCACUGAGGUCAAGGUCUUCAGCAUCAAAGCCAUUCCCAGGGUCACCCGCACCGCUCCCUUCUCUCCCGUUGAAGGCAGCGGGGUGAUCAUAGUGGUGAUCAUACUGUGUUUGCUGCUUCUCGCCUUCCUGGGAAGCGUCGUCUACUUCCUGCAUAAGAAGGGAAAGAUCCCCUGUGGACGUUCAGGAAAGCAGGAGAUCACCAAAGAGAAGCCCACCAAAGACGACAUCGUUGUGGAGAUGAAGAACAGUCCAAAGAAUGAGGACGCUGUGCUGCUGAAAGCCGUGAACGGAGAGAAGAAGGGUCCCAAUGACCAGGUAACUGUCGUGUAAACAUCCUGAAGGUCGUGCGGAGCCGCAGCGGGUCGCAGUAUCCGGACGGAGGCUCUGGAGCGGAGGAGACCCGGGACACUGACCUCCUCUCUGUCUGGACGCUCCCUCCCUCUUCCUCUCUUCAUUUUUUGUUCUCAGCAGUAUUCAGCAGGUUCUCCCAGGAUCACACACACACACACA